AUGGUCGUCGUUAAUUUGGACACGGCUUCCGAUAUUACCGUCAUCAGCCAGCAGAUCUGGAAGAAAAUUGGCAGCCCAAGGUUGUCACCAGCAACAGUAAACGCCAAGGCAGCAUCUGGAAACAUUUUGCCACUUGAUGGUGAAUUUAACUGUGACAUCACUAUCGGCGAAAACACACGCACGCAGAUAACUCGUGUCACCGAGAAACCACUACACCUGCUUAGAUCUGAUUUAGUCGAUAGUUUUAAUUUGUGGUCCAUACCAAUGGAUACUUUUUGCUGCCAAGUUACUAGUACCCCGUCCACCAGUGCAACUCUCAAAGCUACUUACCCAAAAGUGUUCAGCAAAAAGCCAAAAGUGUUCAGCAAAAAAUUGUACAACCGGACCAAAAUUAAAUUUGAGGUAAAAGAACAGUGCAAGUCUGUUUUUUGUGCCAAGCGUCCGGUGGCGUAUGCAAUGUACAGCGCAGUCGACCAGGAAUUGGACAAGUUGGAAAAACUCAAUAUCAUCACACCGGUCGAUUAUUCAGAAUGGGCAGCGCCGAUCGUUGUAGUGCGCAAAGCAAAUGGCAACAUCCGAAUUUGCGGAGACUAUUCAACAGGUCUAAACUCCGCUUUGCAGCCUCAUCAGUAUCCACUGCCACUCCCGGAAGACAUCUUUGCCAAGCUGGCUAACUGCAAAAUAUUCAAACAGAUUGAUCCAGUAAAAGUUGAGGCAAUAACUACGCUACCUCCUCCCACUGACGUUUCAGGUGUUAGCUCUUUCCUUGGGGCGAUCAAUUAUUACGGCAAGUUUGUGCCCAACAUGCGACAGUUGCGCUAUCCGCUCGACAACUUGCUGAAGUCGGAGGCAAAGUUCGUCUGGAAUCAGGAGUGCCAGCAAGCGUUCGAGCGAUUCAAGCAGAUUCUCUCCUCGGGACUUCGGCUGACACACUACGAUCCGAAACAGGAGAUUAUAGUAUCAGCUGACGCAUCAUCCGUUGGCCUCGGAGCAACCAUCAGUCACAAAUUCCCCGAUGGGUCCAUCAAGGUUGUUCAGCAUGCUUCCAGAGCACUCAAGAAAACGGAACAAAACUGUAGCCAGCCCGAUCGCAAAGGUUUAGCAAUCAUCUUUGCAGUCACCAAGUUCCAGAAAAUGAUUUUCGGUAGGAAAUUCCGUCUACAAACCGACCACGAUCCGCUGCUUCAAAUUUUUGGUUCUAAGAAGGGCAUACCGGUAUAUACGGCAAACCGGGUGCAACGUUUCGCCCUCAAUCUGCUAUCGUACGAUUUCGACAUUCGAUGCAGCAAUGCUGACGUGUUGUCUCGUCUAAUCAACCAGCACGUUAAGCCAGAGGAGGAUUCCGUCAUUGCGAGCAUUAUCCUCGAAAAAGAUGUAAGAGUCGUAGCAAAGAGUACUCAAGCUGAUCCACUGCUUCGCAGUCUUCCGGUACAUACAAGACGGUUGGCCUUCAUCAAAAGCCGUCGAUCCGGAGGUUAA